AUGAAGGAAUUUCUUGUAAAAGAUAUUUUUAAUAACAGCCAGAUGUAUGGUGAGAAGAACAAAGCAGGACUACAUAAUAUUUACAAUAUAUUAAAAAAUGAUGAGAAUAAAAAAAAUGAGAAAAAGAUAAAAGAAGUAUUUAAAUAUAUAGAUAAUAUUUUAAAACGAGAUUUCGAAAAGGAUGUUUUAAGUAUACCUAUAUCUUUAUUAAAAGAAAAUGACAAGAAAAUUAUUUUUAAUAACUUAAGAAGAUUAUUCAAAUGCUUCUCCUUAUUUAUCGGACAGCAAGAAUAUAUGGAUUCCUUAGCAGAUUUUUUAUUUUACUUAUAUAAAUAUAUGAGAAAGGCAGAUGUAAAGAGGACAUACAAAUUGUUAAGAAAAAGUUUACCUUUUGAGAGUGAUGCUGUUGAAGGUGAGCCAAGACGUCCGAAAGAAAAAAAAAAUGAAAAUGUGAAGGAUGAUGACGAUGAUAAGGGUGGCGAUUACGAUUACGAUGACGAUGACGAUGAUAAGGGUGGCGAUUACGAUGACGAUGACGAUGACGAUGAUGAUGAUGAUGAUGAUGAUAAUGACGAUGGUGAUAACCAAAUUACAAAAUCAAAUAAAGCUACUAAUGCACCAAACAAAUACACUGAUGUCCCACAAAACCAUUUUGCUAGAAACAAAUUUUUAUUUAAUUUUAUAUUUUAUAGUAAUAUCCUGAUUUAUUUGGAAAAGUUGAAAAAGGAAGAUAGCAAAAACCUUACUUCAGAUGAACAUUACUUUUUUAUGAAUUUAAAAAAUAAUAUAUUAAAUAAAAAAUAUAUAUUCACAUUAAGCAAUUAUAUCCCUUAUUUUGUUUUAAGUUAUCCUUCCUUUCCCUUAUUUCUUGAGAACUUGUUUAAUAUAUUUUUUUUUGUUCGAAAUAAUUUAAUUACAUUUUUUAUAAAAAAUAUAUACAAAAAAGUAGGAGAGCUGGUAUAUUUGAGGAACAUAGAUAUAAAUAAAAGGUUUACUUUAAAAAAAUAUUAUAAUCUUUUAAUAUAUGUAUAUUUGUUAUAUAAAAUGAAAAUUGUCAUAUCUUUAUAUAUAAAACCAAAUAAAUAUAUUAUAUUGAAUGAUAUAUUAAAUGAUAACACUAUUAUACAAUUAUAUUUAGAUAUAUUAAGAGAUUUUAAAAAUACUAUAUAUUUUAUAUUCAACACAAUUAAAGAUAAAAUUAAUGUAAAUAAUACAAAAGGAAAUCAUUGUAUAGAAUUCUGUUUCAUUAUUUUAUAUUUAAUUAAUAUUGUAUAUUCUAACCACAAUGAUGUUUUAAAUAUAUUUUUAAAUAAUAGUAAAUUUAAUAAAAAUAUCUUAUUUAUGGAAAAGUAUAAACAUAUGUUUUCUCAAUAUAACAAAAUAUAUAAAAUCUUAUUUGAAGCUACGAAAUCGAAACCAUAUGAUGAUGUAAAAAUAUAUGAUCACAUGAAAAAUAUUUUGUAUGGAAAAAAAAAGAUGUUUGUAAAAAAGAGUAAUAAACAUAAAAAAAAUAAUAGGAACAACACAUCAAAUGUAGAAAAUAAUAUUAAUAAUAAUAAUAAAAAUAUUGUGAAUUCCUUUUUUUUUCCUCAUAAAGACAAAAAUUAUAAUUAUUUAAAAUAUAUAAGAAAUGAAGUAUUACAAAAACAGGUACAAGAAAAACAAGAAGGAGGAGAAUAUUCACUUGUAUAUGUUUUAUUAUUUUUUUAUUAUCUAACAACAAGAUGUAUAAAAAUAUAUGACUACACCUGUGAUUUGCAUGACAUGAUUUUUUUUAAAAAAUUUUUUAUAUACAAAAUAUUAAAAGAAGAGGAACAUAUAAAUGAUCAACAUAUAGAUGAUCAACAUAUAGAUGAUCAACAUGUAGAUGAUCAACAUAUAGAUGAUCAACAUAUAGAUGAUCAACAUAUAAAUAAUUCGAAAAAUAUAACAGUGGUAAAAAAACAUACAGAUGUAAAUACCUGUACAAAUAAUGUUAUAUCAGAAAAUUAUGCAAAAUGUUUUUAUAACCCGUACUUUUUUAAUCUUGUCAAAAAUAAUUUCUUUUUAUACAUCAAUGUAGACAAGAAUAUUCUGAACGUCCUUUUUAAUAACGAACUACAAAUGUUUUUAAAUAAUAAAAAUUUGAACUAUAAAAAUUUAUAUCACAUGCUAGCAUAUAACUCAAAGAAUAGAUAUAAUCAACUUAAUAUACGACUUCUUUUUUAUAAAGUAAUUUUUAAGAAUAUUAUAAAAUAUAUCCUAUAUAUAAAAUAUGAUGAUCAUAAAUAUGAAAAGAAUCAAAAAAUUAAAAAUUUAAAGCAAACACAAAUAAACAAUAUUUCGGAUAAUAUCCAUAAGAAGAGUAACCAUGUAGAAAAAGAUUCUUUCAAUAUACAUAAUAUGAUCUAUCUUUUUAAUAAAAAAAAUAGAAAUAAAUUUAAAUCGUUACAUAUUAACGAAUAUCAAAUUAAUAAAAAUCAAAUCCAUGAUAUCGUUAUGAAACAUGAUAAAAAUACAUUUAUAAUUCUUAAACAUUUAGAUUUUUUGGAUUUACAUAAAGACAAAUCAAAUUUUUUAUUUGACAAAAAUAUUAUUAAUUUAAUUAUGUAUCAACUAACGAAUGAAACUAUUAAUAUAAUGAAACUUUUAUAUACAUGUAAUUCAAAAAAAAAAAAAAAUUAUAACAACAUGGAUAAUCUUAAUUCUUCUAUCUAUCUCACAAAAAAUAUGAACCUUUUAAUUAUUAUCUUAAAAAGUAUGCUUAAUUUAAUUAAUUCAUUUUUUCAAAUUAUUAAUAUGAACCAUGCAGGUAAAAAUAAAUCUACGUUAAUAUAUUAUAAACAGAAAAAAGAAGCUAUUCUAUUUUCUGAAGAAUAUUAUAACCAAAUAAAAAAUGAUAAAAUAUCAACAAAACAAAUGUUCAAGGAAGAGAUCUAUUUAGAUUAUGUGGAUGGAUUUAAUAAAAAGUGUAUGAAAAAAAAAAAUUUCUAUAUCAUCAAAAAGAUGUUCAAGUUGUAUAUUAAUAUUAUAAAAAGGGAAUAUAACAAUCAAAAUAAAAAUGAUAAUCACAAUAAUAAUAAUAAUAAAAAUGAUAAUGACAAUAAUAAUAAUAAUAAUAAUAAAAAUGAUAAUCACAAUAAUCACAAUAAUAAUAAUAAUAAAAAUGAUAUGGAUGGAUUUCAUUUAUGUACAAACGAAAUUAUAGAACUAGGCAAAGUACUCAUUUUUGUUUUUAAUUUUACCAUCUUUUAUAUUAUUAACAACAUAAAGGAUAAUAAUACACAUGGAAAAAUGCAUGGUGGACAUGUAGUAGUAAAAAACUUGAAAAAAAAAAGAUACACGAAAAUAUUUUGUGAUUUUCUUAAUCUUUAUAAUUUAUUAAAAGAUCAACAAUAUUUAACUUCCUCAAACGAAUUAAAAAAAAAACUUUUUAAAUUUUAUAAACAUUAUCAUGUUGUAAAUCAAAGAGUUAGCAGUAAAAUGAAUGAUAAAAAUUAUUUUGCUUGCUUUGUACAAUAUAAUUAUUUAGAAAAAAAUAAAAUAAAAUAUCUCAAAAUUUCAAAGAAAAUAUUUAUACAUUUUAAAAGCUUAACGCCAGCUAUUAUAUGGAGUAGUAACAUAGAAGAAGAUGAAUCGAAUGAUGAAAAUCAAAUUAUUCAAAAAAAUAAUCAUUUCAUCUUACCAAUACAAGAUAACGAAGAAGAAAAUAUUCUUGUAUCUGGUGAAUCAUUGUUAGAUAUACUAGCAGAUGAACCAAAUAAUAAUCUAGCACAAAAUAAUUAUGGUAAAGAAAAUGACAAUCUGAAUGAACAAAAUAAAAAAAGAAAAAAAAGUGAUAUAAAAAAAAAAAAAAACCAUACAAAUUUAUUUUAUGACGUUACAUCAUUAUUAAAAUGUUUAAAAAUUAAUUUUAAAAACCAAAGUGCCCAAUCCGUUAUAAAAUCUUUAUACUAUCUAUUAUAUUCAUUAGUCGUCUUGUCAAAAAAAGUAAAGAUGAUAUCGAAACAAAGAGAUAUUGUGGAAGGUUUUGAAACCAAUGUUAGUGAUAAUGAGGAAAGUGAUCAAAAAGAUCAAAAUGAUAAUGUGGAUGAUGUUGAAAGGAUACAUAACCAUCAUCAUAAUAGUUUAGAUGAUGAUGAAAGGAUACAGAACCAUCAUAAUAAUUUAGAUGAUGAUGAAAGGAUACAUAACUAUCAUAAUAGUUUAGAUAAUGAUGAAAGGAUACAGAACCAUCAUAAUAAUUUAGAUGAUAAUUAUUCCAAAAGAGAUAGUGAACAAACCGAUACUGAAGAAAGUUCAGAGAGUUCUCUUAAUAGUGAUGAUUAUUUUGAAGAAGAAAAAAAAAAGAAAAGAAAAUCGAUAAGUUCUAUAUAUAUUGAAGAUAUGAAAAUUUUAGAAAAACAUAUUGUACAUAUAUUAUAUACAUUUAAAGUAUUAAAAGAUAUAGAAAUGAAAGAUAUAGAUAAAUUAAAUAUAUCAAUAGAAAAAUAUAUAUUUAAAAUUAUAACAAUAAUAAUUAAAGAAAAAAAAAAUUUAGAAAUAUUACGUAUGUGUUUGAAAUGUUUAGAAUGUUAUCAUAAUAUAGAAAGUAAAAUAAUACAAGAUAAAAAAAAAAACUUUGUAAUUAAUUAUAUGUUUGAGUUAAUACAAAUUAUUUAUCACAUUCCAAAACUCAAAGAAUAUUAUUCAAAAUAUUUAAAUAUAUUUUUUAAAAGUUCAUUUGUAAGAUAUAUUAAUAUUAACCAAGUUUUUAAUGGUUCUUAUAAUUUCUAUUUUGAAUCGAUCUUAAAUAAAUUUAUAUCCGUUGUUGAUCUUAAUGAUUAUAUUAAUAAUAAUAAUAAUAAUAAAAAAAUAAAUAAUAUAAAUUUACAACAAAAAGAAUAUAUAACUAAUAAAUUUAUUGAUAUUAUAAAAGAAACUAAUAAAAAAAUUUACGUAAUGAAAGAUGAAAAUUAUUAUAAUUAUUUAAAUAUUAUAAAAAAUAAAGAUGCAAAUAAUAUAAGCAUGUUGAAUGGAUACUCUCUUAAUGAAUUAUCUCACGUUAUACAAAAUAUAUAUAUACAUUUUAAUCAGAUAUUAACAGAUAAUAAUGCUUAUGCAUUUAAUAAAAAAGUAAAUUUAAAUUUAUUACUUCUCUUAAAAAAAAUAACAAAUAUGUUUUAUAUUAAGCAAAAUAAUAUCCAAAUGUUUAAAAAUCAAUUCAUAAAAUAUCUAUCAGAAUUCUUGAACUUUCAGAAACGUCUAGAUGAAGAGUUGUCUACACAAAAAAUAUAUAUAAAUAUAAAUGAAUUUUUAAAAAAGCUAUCUCUACUAGUACAAACCAUAAAAUCAAUGAAAAUCUCGGAUGAUCAAAAAUUUAAGGCAAAUCAUAUCAGACAAAUUAGUAACACGAGUACGACCGUUUCGGUUUCUGAUCAUAUUAGAUCAGCAAAAAAAAAAAGAAAAAAUCUGAAACGUGGAUUUAAUAUAAAAAAGAAGAGAAAAGUUGCAAAAUCAGCAACUAAAAAGGAUAGCCCAUUAAAAAAAAAUUAA